GCAGCCCCCAGGACACGCCCCUCCCAGCUCGGCUUCAUUCAUGGAAGUGCAGCUCCACCCCGUGAUGUCACGGCUCCGCCCCUCGAAGAGAGGGAAGCGGGAUCUGGGGGACUCUGGAAAGAGAUGGGGAGAACUCCCCAUAAGCAGCCGCCAGUCUGUGGGUGUCCAUGAGGUGACAGUGACCCGCACGGGUGUGAGGGGGCCCAGUCAUGCCCGGGAUUUCAACCCUGCUGCUAAUCACCUGCUACCUGGAGUUACUCAGGGGGGCCCCUACUGCACUUCAACAGAGCCCCCAGGGAGAUGGGACAUCUGAGUCUGUCACUACAGAAAGCACACCAUCAAAGAGACCAUCUAUUUACCAGAGCACCCUACCUGGGUUUAAAGGUCAGUUCUUCCCUACCCAGAGUUCUUCUGGAGCAGAGACAUCUUCCUUUAUUCUGGAUUUGCAGAGUCUGUCUGAAGCUAAUCUGAGCUCUGAAAACCCAAAUAUUCAGGUCACUAUCGAAGUUGAUCCCAACUCUCAGACAGAGUUCGAGUUGGACCUGUCAGAUUCCCGUACAGACUGGACUGAUACAAACUGGGCAUCUCAGCAUGAAUUGUUCUGGCCCCUGUUCUGGGAGUAUAACGACGUGGCGGAGGAAGGUAUCUUAGUGCCUGCUACAGUGGACCCAGAAAACGUGGGAGACUAUUCCUCCCAGUAUGAUUGGGAAGACAAUGUCUUGAGUGGAGUUGAAGGAGAGUCAGAUCAACAUCCUACGGGAAAUAACUGGAUCUCUGAAGACAAAUAUCAGUAUGAUUAUGAAGAGGAAGAUUGGAGCCCUUGGUCUCCUUGCAGCGCCACAUGUGGCCGUCCUAGCCAAAAACGUACCCGCUCCUGUGGUUAUUCAUGCACAGCCACAGAGUCCAGAAUCUGUGACCUUCCUCUGUGCCCAGGAGAGACACAAACUGAGAGUUGGGUUACCAUGACGGAUGCGGGCACUCCUCCCUCAAGCUCCGCAGAUAACUGUGACCGCUGGCUGACCUGUAAGAGUGACUUCUUAACUGGUUAUCUGCACAGAGUACUAACUGAGUUACCCAGUUGUCCCUGCUCUUAUCCAUCAGAGGCAGUCUACAGCUCGCUGACACUGAGGGACGAGGCUUUGGGCCGCAGUUUCCGUUGGCGAGACGCAAGUGGUGGCAGGGAGAGACUGGAUAUUUAUAACCCAGGUGCCACCUUCUGUCUGCGUUCCCUGCUUUCUAGGGACAGUAGUAGUCUUGGAGCACAGCAUUGCUGCUAUGACCAGUCCAUGAGACUGCUGACACGUGGCAGGGGGGCUGGGACCCCCAACCUGAUCAGUGCAGACUUUUCUCCUGAACUUCAUUACAAAGCAGAUGUGUUGCCCUGGAUUCUGUGCAAGGGAGACUGGAGCCGUAUCCACUCUGUGCGCCCCCCAAACACUGGCAGAGCUUGUCCACAAAACCCCUCUGAGGAAGAGUAUCUGGCUCAGCUGCAGGAGGCUCGCGAAUACUAGCUAUGGUAAUAAACUCCAUGUCCUGUCUGCCCAUUUCUAUUAAACGACAAAAAAAUAUAUAUAUAAUAUAUUAAAAUGUU